AUGAAAGUUGAAAUGGGUAAACAGUUUAGAAAUUUUUUGAGAAUAAUAAAUAAUCAAGAAAAAAAAAUCAUAGAUAAAAAUGUUCUUGAUGAAUUACGAAAUUGGGGAAAAGAAAAAGCGCAAGGGAAUAUCAAAAUGUUAGAAGAGUAUAUAAAAUACAAAAGUGUAUUAAAUGAUUAUUCAAAUAUUUUACAAGAAAAUGAAAAAGAAAGUGAAAAAGAAAAUGAGCAGAUUGAGAAGGUUGCCAACUAUGUUGGAUUGACUACAAAUUAUUCGAAAAAUAAAUGA